CAGUGACUGUUCUCGACUCUGCAGCAAUCGGUUGUGUAUAGUUUUCCAAUUUUGUAAAACUUUUCCUCGGUCCUCAGCCAACAGAAUCGAUUGUUAAAGUUAACUUCCGCCCAAAGGCAACGCAUCAAUCCUCGGUCACUCGAAUACCUCAAGCAACAGGUCCCGAUUUACUUCAUAGCCGGAAGCGAAAAAUUUGAAACCGUUCCAUCAUGGCAAAAAUGGCGUUCCAGCACCAGGCGGGUACCGCAAUGGAGUGCUUAAGCAUUCCAAUAACCCUGCACAAAGAAAAGGAUAUAGAUGAAGAAGGACGAGAAGUGCUAAAAUGUGGGUUUAAAAUUGGUGGGGGCAUCGAUCAAGAUUUCAAGAAAAGUCCUCAAGGGUACACCGACUACGGUAUCUACGUAACGGAAGUUCACGAAGGAAGUCCGGCGGCCAAAUCCGGUCUAAGGAUGCACGACAAAAUCCUCCAGUGCAACGGGUAUGAUUUCACCAUGGUAACCCACAAGAAAGCCGUCAGCUAUAUCCGCAAAAACCCGGUCCUCAAUUUGCUAGUUGCGCGAAAAGGUGUUACCUCAACGUAAAGUUUUUCACAGCCGUAUUCACGUCACGCAUCACAUUGUGGAGUUCAUGUUAAAUACUACAUCGAGUAAGAUCAAAAAUCAACAGCUAGAAUAUAAGCACGCAUUUACAGUUAGAUACAUAUAUGUGGUAAGCUGCUUUGUAGAAGGCAAAGUUUUAAUUAGCAUCCUAAUUAAGUAUGUAAUCCCAUCAUGCUGCCAAAAUUCCAUCCAAUUCCUUAAACAUAGGACAGAAAAAACGAAAACCUACGGAAACACCAUUCGCGAUCAUUUGGACUUAGUUUUGCUGUUCAGCAUAAAUGUGAUCAUUAUUUCAUUCCUCGUUAAAUCUAGAAAAAAACAAAAACCGUAACCAGGUGAUUCGAAGCGCUAGACAUUUAAGUAGAUUUUAGUGAGUACUUUUUCUUUUCAAAAAUUGAGGAUACUCUCAACUAACAUGAUGUCGUUCAAAACAGUCCAGAAUUCUAUCGUUCAGCUCUGAUUUUUUUUCAUAUUUGAAACAGCAGCGUACUGGUGCUGUCGAUUGCGCUUUCCUCAGUAAACUCAAAAUGCAAUGUACUGUUUUUUUUCGUUCUUCGCCGCGUAUAUUCUUUUUGCUGUUCGCCGAAAUCCUAUAGAAACAUUUUGCAUACUGGUAGUUUUAUAUACAGGUAUACAUAUUUUAGUAGUAGAUUGUAAAUUUUGAAUAAUUUUUAUACAGUGUUAUCCUAGAGUGGAACUAUUAAAG